CGCCUAGAGUGUCGUUUGCAUCAUGUUGCGUUCUUCUUCCACUCUUGUUUGUUCCAUAAAAUGGCGGUACUGAGCGAGUUGUGUUAUUUAUAGCGAUUUAUCGUCUCAUAUUUGAGUUUUUGCUAUAUGUGAGCAACAUAAAUUACGAUUAUGUACUAGCUAUUUUAUAUAUAUUGUAUAAAUGAAGAGUCCGGAGGCCUGUUAGAGGCUAUUUCAGCAUCUACAAACAAAAUAUUACAGUGAGUUCAGUGCCCUGUGCAAGAAACACUAAUGUUUGGAUAAGAAAAUUAAGCCGUUUGCGUGAGAUUUGGACCAAGUGUUUUUAAUGUAAUCAUGUGUGUUAUUCUCAUCUCACGAACAUCCAGAGGAAAGUGAAUUAAGACACUUAUUUCGAUAAUAAAAAGGUGUUGAAGCCUUAGAAAACUGCUAGUGUGACAUCAAGAUUCAAAAGGGUUACAUUCGUUAUUGUUGAUCACAAUGUCAAACAGCGUCGUUAAGGUAACAGAUUCAACAGAGGAUGACAAUUUACUUCUUCUUAUUGGUGAAGAUGGAACUGUCACACCCAGUAAGGACGUUGUGAAAGCUUACUUAACUGGCAAAUCGGGCGCAACAAACCUCCAAGUAAUGCAUAUUAAUAAAUCAGAUAAUGAAGGCAUUGAAGUUGCGGUGGAUGACAUGUUGUAUUUACCGGACGCUGAAUGUAAUGACUUUCCAGAUAAUAAAGAGACUGUUUAUGACGACAUUGCGUACAAUUUGUAUAACAUAAAACUUGAUCAUGAUUAUACACCGCAUUGUGGAUAUUCUGAGGAUGAUGAACUGGCACGAACUCUUAGUAUAUUGGAUGGGGACGAAGACAAUGAUUCUCCUUCUGCUACUAAAUCAUUGGAAAGUCGUUCUCUCAGAAGUAACGCGCAUGAAACUGGUCAGUCUCUUCAAAGUCCUAAAUCAAAAACAAAGCUAACAACGCCACAAUUAAAAACAGUCCCCAAAGAUCAAGUAAAAAAGAUUAAAACAAGGACGAAGAGUGAAACAUCGAUCAAAGAUGAAGAAAGUCUUGCAGACAAAGACGGUGAUAACAGUGGUCAAAAAAUCGUAAAAAAACUCGUGAAACUAGAACAUAAAAGCAAGGACAAUAUUGUCAAGACUAUAAAAAUAAUAAAACCCAUAGAACCCGAAUCACCAAAAACUGAAAAGCCACAAGUAAUUGAUCCGAAAUCAGCUGAGAAGAAACAGUUAAAGAAAGAUCGAAAAGUGGUAAAGCCUGUCCCAGACGAUUUCGCUCUAUUUUCUACACCUGACAUUAUAAGAAGAGUUGGAGGAAAGGAAUCGGCAACUGGAAAUUGCCCAAUAUCACCCGAAUCAAAUAGUCCGGAUCAAAGUAAACCGGCAAAAAUUGAGAUUCGAUCGAAAUCAGUCUCAGAAUCGGCUCAAGUUUCAGCAAAACAAAAUAGGUUGAGUCUGGACGGGAAAGUAGUCGAUAAAACUCCCACCAAAGUAGAAAUGAAUAAGGACAAAAAAUCGAUUAGUGAUAGUAAAGUAAAGAGAGGCAUUUUUGAUAAUACAAAAAGUGUCACAGAAUUGGAACCAAAAAUAUGUGAAAGUAGUACAAACAUGGAAUCUGCCAUCUCCGAUAACGUGGAACCAUUGAUUGUCAACAAUGAAGAUAAGUCUUUUCCAUCUUUACCUCUCGAAGCUCAAGAUUUGGGUGGAAGUGAAAAUAACAUGGCUUUGGAUGGAAAUGGACUUGAUCUUGACCCAAGCUUGUUGGAAAAUAUCAAUAAUGACUUAAUAUCUGAAGAUAUUUUAUACCAAGUUGCGCAGUCAUUAGUGUCAAACACAGAGUUACAGAAUGCAAUAGAUAAGAGUUUGAAUGAAGAAAAUUUGGGUCUCGACUCUACCGUUCAAGUGGUGCAACAAGACAACGUAGUUCAUAAUCAAACAGAACAGGUAACGUCUACUGUGCCACAAAAAGGGACCCAAAUCGUUCGACCUGACGGUAGGAUAGUUGUGAUACCCCCAAUAGAACGCCCCACAACCAGAAGUCGAAAUAAGAAGAAAGAUGCUGAAAAACCAACCACAAAAUUCGUUCACAAACCCUUGGAUGAAGAACACGUCUCAGGCAAUGAACUCGAUAGUUCUGAUGAGGAGGAAGAAGAAUCAGAAGAUGAUCCGAACAAACUUUGGUGUAUCUGUAAUCAACCUCACAAUAACAGAUUCAUGAUUUGUUGCGAUACGUGUGAAGAAUGGUAUCAUGGAAAAUGCGUGAACAUUACGAAAGCGAUGGGUCAGCAAAUGGAGGCGGAAGGAAGAGAAUGGAUUUGUUUAUUUUGUAAGGAUCCUCUUCUGAAACGACCACAAGCCGCAGCGAGAAGAAUAAGAAAGGCUUCACGGAAUUCUAGGCAGUCUACUGACAGUGCUGGUAGUACGAAAGUACCAGAAACAAGACCGAGUUCGGUGCCCUGUGUUGUUUGUCAAAAACCUUCGCGAACAAAUUCGAUUUUUUGUAGUGAAACCUGUAUUUUGGCUCAUGCACAAGGCGUUGAACGCGUGGUGGUUUUCGAGAGAUCAACAGGAAACAUGCUGACGGGAAAUAAAGCCCCAAGUGCUGCCAAUCUUGAGCAAUGGCUCAAAGAACAUCCAGGUUACGAAGUUGUACGUUCGGCUGGCAAGAUAGUAACCACUAAGCAAACACAAAAAAGCCCACAAUCGAAACUGAAAAUUCUGAAAGAUUCCGAAACACCUUCGAUGCACUUUCAGAACAGAAUUAAAACUUUGAACAAAAAUGUACYGAAAAGUCCACAAGUCGUUAAAGUUGGGGCGAAGGAGGGGAAUACAACAGGACUGAAGGUCCUCAAUCGACAAAUUUCGACUUCUCAAUUAAGGGAAAAGGUCAGUAAUUCACUAGCCAAAGAGACAACUUCGUCACCGACCAAAUUUAAAAUCGUUUCAACUUCGGCCAAAUCCGGUAAUUCUCCAGUAAGUAGGGACAAACCCACGACACCUAAAGUGCAAAAAGUGCGAAGUACUGAACACACGUCGAAAACACCGCAAGUCAAACAGGAGAAUAUCAGAGAUAAUGUCAAAAAGACAGUUUACGAACAGUUGACCAACAGAUUAAAAAUGGUGGAUGAUUUGAAGUUGUCGGAAGAAGAAUUGAAGAAUAUAUCUUCCGAAAUUGAAUCUCAAUUGUAUAAAUGUUUCGGCGAUACGGGGCAAAAAUACAGAAACAAAUAUAGAAGUUUAAUAUUCAAUAUCAAAGAUAUCAAGAAUCAAACUUUGUGGAGGAGAAUUUGCGAAAAAUCCAUUAAUCCGUACCAACUGGUAAGGUUAUCGCCUGACGAUCUAGCUAGCCAGGAAUUGGCCCUUUGGAGGGAACAAGAAGCUAAACAUCAGUUAGACAUGAUCAAAAAAUCCGAGCUCGAGUUAUUACAGUGUAACAGACAAUAUGUGUUAAAAACACACAAAGGUGAACAAAUUUUAGAAGAUAAUCGUCCAACGGACCAUAUCGACAACACAGAGGUUAUAACAAGUCUGACMGAUAAUGCGACGGGAGAGAAAACAGAUCGUAAAGGAGACAGUUCAAGAGAAGACAGAAAAAGCUCCAAACACAGCCAUAGAGAUAAGGAAAGGAGAUCCACGAAAGAAAAAACCGAAAAAAGUCACCGCGGUCAUAGAUCAUCGAGUAGAGAUCACGAUCGUAGUCGGAAACGAUCGCGAAGUAGGGAUAGGAGUUCAAAACACGUUGAAAAAAGGAGGUCUAGAAGCAGAGACCGACACAGGAGAUCGUCACAUAAAAGUUCCAGACAUAAAAAAGACUCACACAGAGGGUCUUCAACCGAAAAACUCGAUAAAAAAUCGAAGGAAAUCUUAGAACAACUAGUUGAUAAUAAAAUAGUACCUCCGCUGGAAGACAGGUUGUGGAAACAUGUGCCACAAGAGGAUGUUUUACCAACGUCGAUUGCUGAAAGUGACAGCGACCACGAGCCGACGUCCACUGUCACUAUUCCGACUCCACCACGAAAUAAUAAUGAUUCAGAUGAAUUUGCGGCUGGCCACGGUUUAUCGGAAAAUAAAAAUAAURAUAAAUAUCCUGUGAAGGAACAGACUGAGGUAGACCAUACGAUGUCACCACCAGUAAGUAAGCCAAAAAUGGAGGAGAUUUGGAGAGGCACAAUCAAUAUGGUAGAUGUGGCUCAAAUAUCGAUCACAGCUCACGAGGUGUCAGGCGACUGUAGUGGCUUGGCAACUGAACUGCCUGCAAAUUUAGACAUUGUGGGUAGAAUUUCCCCUGACACAGUUUGGGAUUACAUAGGAAAAAUGAAAUGUUCCAAUAGUAAAAUCAUAUCAGUGGUGCGAUUAAACGCCAUCAAUGUGGAAGAAAAAAUGCCGUAUUUGGCUCUCUACAGUUACUUAUCGAGCAGGAAUAGACUCGGUGUUGUAAAAAGUGUGAAUAAAGCCGUGAAAGAUUUCUAUAUUUUACCUUUAGCCUCACAGAAACCUAUUCCACAGGCGUUAUUACCUCUCAACGGUCCAGGUUUCGAAGAGGCACGGCCUGCUUUGCUUUUGGGAAUUCUCGUUCGAGAUAAGAGGAAAAGACCUUACGUCGAUAGUGUAYCAACGGUUGCUCCUAGUGUUAAAAAAACGAAAACAGAAUUGGUACAAAUGCCUUCUAGGUCAUAUACUCCGCCACCAGUGAAGGAAUCCAGGCUUAAAUUACCACUUCCGCCGUCAAUUGCCGCGGAUCAAGACGGAGACGAACCAUACAGUCCUGAGGACUCGGACCCCGACAGCAUUAUUCCUUCAACCACUAGAAGUGUUUCCAACAACUCAAAUAUCUUUCUAGAUGCUGAUGCCGCAACAACACAAGCGUUUCAACCCUUCGUUAACAAAUUUGAAGAGAUACCAGGCUUAGAUAACGCCACAUUGCCGUCAAGUACGCAAGAAAUCCAACGCCAAAUGGAGAAACUAAAUAAAGAAAUCGAAAUGCAAAAGUCGGAAAUAAAUAGUAUAUCGCAAAAUAUCGCGACUGCAUCAAACGAAAUUGGAACUUCUGCUCUCGCAAAUAUAGCCUUACCGAGUAAUUUGCAGCAAAUUUUAGACAGCAUUAAAACCAUCGGUUCGACUUCGUCUUUGGAAUCAUUGGAAACGAAGCCCCAAGCUUCUAGUGCACUGCAAGAAAAUUCCGACUUUACGAUUCCUUUAAUGUUGCCCACGACGUUUUCCCGACAUUCUGCUAGUUCAAGCUCCGAGAGUUUUUCAGAAAAUACUAUUCCUUUGAAUUUGCCAAGUAAGAAGAAAAUUUCAAGUGAGGUGGAGAAAACAAGUGUUUUGAGUUCUCUCUCCGAAGAAGAUUUAAUUAGAAAAGCUGAAGAGAUGCUUGAAGAUUCGGAAACAACUAAAACAGAUAGCAAGCUAUUAAAUCCACCGAGUGUUACAAGUUCAUCACAAAUACUGCCCAAGGUUGAGUUGAAGCAACCACCAAUACCUGGACUAGAUGAAGAUGUUUAAUUUUCCAUAGCUUAUUAUAGUAGAAUAUGAUACGUGCAUGUUUUGGUUAUUUCUGAAUGGUUUUCAGAUGUGUUUUUGCUAAUAUUUUUAUAUGCAUAUAGGACUUUAUUUGAUUAAAAUUGUUGAAACUUGUAUGUAUAGACUUUAGUUGAAAACUAUAGAUUUUGAUUUACUUACACAUUUUGAAUCAAUUUUUUAUAUCUUGUGUAUAUAACUUUUUUGUUUCUAUGAGACAUGUAUACUAGGAAAAUACUACAGAUAAGUUUAAGCGAUGAUUCCAUGUAUAUUUUACAACCUAUGUUAAAUCCUGUAUAGUUACUUUUAUUUAGAAAACUCCAAAAUAAACUGUUCGUUUUCAGUUUUCUCUUGAAA